AUGGAGUAUCACCCUCGCUCUGCUUGUGCAACUCUCUACCAGAUGUUCAACAAAUUUGGUAUCACUCAGGAGAUGCAGCACGCACCUGUUGAUGAGGAACCAUGGCGUCCUUUCAGGUCAUGUGGGGACUUCAAAUUUUCUGAGAUCAUGCUUGAUGCUGUGCUAAAUAAGUCUCAAAUAAAUGCCCUCCUUGAACUCAUUUCGUGCAUCACUCAAGGUCAAGCUCAAAUCACUCUGAAGAAUGAGACAGAUCUUUCAAGGGCAUGGGACAAUGCUGCGGCUGAAUUGACACUGUUUUCAAAGCAUGAAGUCCCUGUGACAUACAAGAGGAAUGAGCAAGAAUAUGAAGUUCACGCACAGCCUGUAUGGGAUUGGGCCCUCGAUCUACUGGACAACCCCCUGCUCACACUGCAUUUCAUGUGGGAUGCCUGCUGUGUUUACAAGCACAACAGUACAGAUUUCAAGUGCUUUUUCAAUGAACCUUGGACAGGAGAUUGGUGGUGGGAUAUUCAAUCUUCUCUUCCACCUGACAUUGAAAACACUGUCCCAUUCUGUUUCAUUCUCUACGCUGAUAAGUUGAAGCUGUCGUCUCAUGGUACCAUCAAAGGGUAUCCAGUUGUAGUCCGAUGUGCAAACUUACCUGUAGACAUUCAUAAUGGCGAGGGGUUUGGUGGUGGUUGUGUAGUCGGAUGGUUGCCUAUUGUUCCUGAUGAUGCAGCCAAAGAAGGAAAACUUGGAUACACAACAUUGAAGUGCAUUGUGUGGCAUGAAUCAUUUUUCAAGCUCCUGGAACAUGUCGCCCAGCACUCAAAGACUGGAUAUUCACACAAGGGCUAUAAUGGCAUUCUAUGCAUGAUGUCACUGAUAUGUGGCUGCAGUGGCAAAUGCCCUUGCCCCGUGUGCCUAGUACCAUUAGCAGAGCUCCAUGACCUGUCAAAGAGCUACCCAAUCAGAACCAUGGAAGAAGCACAAGAAGCUCUCCAUAUUUAUGGGCACAGUAAAGCUGAAGGCGAGCAGAUACUCAAAGUGCUCGGAUUACAACCUGUUGCAAAUGUUUUUUGGCUCAUCUUGCAUUUGAGUCCCCAUGAUGCACUUAGUUCAGAUCGGCUGCAUUCAUUGCAUGCUGGUCUGUGGAAGCACCUACAUGAAGAAUUGAAGAAAAUCCUUCUUGACCCAACCUUUUCUUGCCACCCAGCAAGAUAUUACAGGAUCGCUAACUUCCCCCGAUGGCACCACCUCAAUCAUUUUGAAUCCAUCAUCAAUAUUACAUUCACUGACAGCAACAAAUACCAGGACCUCUCUAAGCAAACAUUAUAUCUGGCUUUGAACAUCCUGACGCACAGAGCCAGUCCUGUAGGCCACCAGCUGCUUCGUGUUAUCAGCAGUUAUCUCCAGCUGGAUAGCUGGAUCGGUCUGGAUUUGCAUACUGAGCACAUGCUUGCAGCGAUCAAUGCUGAGCUUUUAGUUUUCGAUGCUGAGCUCAAGCACAUUCUUAACAAUGGCCCCCUCAAAGACACCUAUCACCAUCGAACGAAUGGAAAGGAUAUCGCGACACAAAUACUUCAUAUUGAUCACGACAAAUUCGCCUUGAAACUUCUGAGAGAACAUGUCAACAUGCUUGACGAACACUGCCGGUUGCAGGCACUUGGUGAUGAUGGGCCUGACAAAGACAUUAAUAUUCCUGUAGCCUUUAAUGGCCAUGUGAAACUUGGCUCGCCAGUGCCACACUUGAACAUCCUUGAUGUUGAGAGUCGUGGUCAAAUGGAUUGUGCAUUUCAAUCUUUUCGUCGGAAAUUUAGUGAAUUCAUCAACAAUGCUCUGCCUACCUAUGGCCAUCAACUGAUGAGUUGGCUUACAUUUCCAGGUGAUUUCAAGAUUCAUGAGCACUGCUAUCUCAAGGUGAACUAUGAGUCAGCUGUGGACUGGAGGCAAAAUAGCGACCACCUUCAGUGCAACCCCAAAUUUCAUGGGUGGCCAUGGUUUGAUAACACACUCAUACAACUGACUGCUGAGAAAACAGCCUUCGUCCAGCUAAUUUUUAUGUUCAGAUGUCAUAUUUCAAAUCUUGGGCCCUUCGAAUUCGCACUUGUUUAA